AUGAACGGACCAGACUGCAUGGGGAAAUCGGACAGCAAGGAGUACGACGACAACGUGGGAUAUCUCCUAAACACGUUCGUCUCCGGCACGAAGCAAUCAAGAAGCAAGAACCAAGACGGAGAGCGGACGUUCCUGCACAGCUGGCCAGGGUUUGCCCAGAAAAAGAAGAACAACUAUCGCAGUUGCCGCGGAAUGCAUAUUUAA